AUGGCCCCCCGUGGCGACGAGGAGGCUUCCGUCAUGGCCCCCCGUGGCGACGAGGAGGCUUCCGUCAUGGCCCCCUCUGGCAACCACGAGGCUUCCGUCAUGGCCCCCCGUGGCGACGAGGAGGCUUCCGUCAUGGCCCCCCGUGGCGACCAGGAGGCUUCCGUCAUGGCCCCCCCGUGGCAACCGGAGGCUUCCGUCUGGCCCCCCGUGGCGAACCAAAGGCUUCCGUCAUGGCCCCCCGUGGCGACGAGGAGGCUUCCGUCAUGGCCCCCCGUGGCGACGAGGAGGCUUCCGUCAUGGCCCCCCGUGGCAACCACGAGGCUUCCGUCAUGGCCCCCCGUGGCGACGAGGAGGCUUCCGUCAUGGCCCCCCGUGGCAACCACGAGGCUUCCGUCAUGGCCCCGUGUGGAACCAGGAGGCUUCCGUCAUGGCCCCCGUGGCGACGAGGGCUUCCGCAUGGCCCCUGUGGCAACCCCGGAGGCUUCCGUCAUGGCCCCCUGUGGCAACCACGAGGCUUCCGUCAUGGCCCCUGUGGCAACCAGGAGGCUUCCGUCAUGGCCCCUGUGGCAACCAGGAGGCUUCCGUCAUGGCCCCCCGUGGCAACCAGGAGGCUUCCGUCAUGGCCCCCCGUGGGAACCAGGAGGCUUCCGUCAUGGCCCCUGUGGCAACCAGGAGGCUUCCGUCAUGGCCCCUCGUGGCAACCAGGAGGCUUCCGUCAUGGCCCCCUGUGGCAACCAGGAGGCUUCCGUCAUGCCCCCCGUGGCAACCAGGAGGCUUCCGCCAUGGCCCCUGUGGCAACCAGGAGGCUUCCGCCAAGGACCCCUGUGGUAA